AUGGCGGAAGUGAGAGUGAUCCUGUGGAAGCAAGGUGUCACUAUUGUCACGUAUUUAGAAGAUCUCUACAUAGAAGCGAGAUCAAAAGAGCAGUUGCUGAACAGCGUAUCACUUUCUCGGGAAGUAGCAGAGUGUCAGGAGCGUCCUGCACUGAUACAGAACAUUCCUCUGUGUAACAUAGUGGGGAGGUUCCUGUCUACUCGACCAGAUCAGGAGGAGACUGGGAUCUUCUGCACUUACUGUGUGGACUCUCCUGUACCUGCUGCUAAAUCCUGUCUGCUGUGUGAGGCUUUUCUGUGUGAUAAACACCUGAGAGUACACAGCAAGUCAGCAGAACACGUCUUAUGUGAUCCCACCACUGCCCUGGGGAACGGGAAAUGCUCCGUCCAUAAGAAGGUCCUGGAGUAUUACUGCACUGAGGACUCUCUGUGCAUUUGUGUGUCCUGCAGUUUGGCUGGAGAACAUCGGGGACACCAUGUGAAGUCGCUGGAUGAGGCCUCUGAAAAGAAGAAGGAAAAACUAGGAAAUAUUCUGCUGAGAUUGUCCACAAAUAUAGAGGAGGCUGACCAAAGAAUCUAUAGUCUGCAGGAGCGCAGGAGAGAAGAUCAGGAAAAAACAUCCGGUGUAACAGAGAGAGUCACUGUCCUGUUUAGAGACAUCAGGAGACAGCUGGAAGACCUGGAGAAGAGAGUCCUGAGUGAGAUCUCCAGGCAGGAACAGCGCGUUUCACUCCCGGUCUCUGAUCUGAUCCAGCAGCUGGAAAUAAAGAAGGACGAGCUGUCCGGGAAGAUGCAUCACAUUGAGGAACUGUGUAACAUGUCUGAUCCAGUGAUUGUCUUACAGGAACCAGACACAGGGGACUUGUGUGAUACUGAGGACACAGAGAGACAUGAUAACCAGGUCCAUGGUGCAGGAGAUCUGGAUGUGGGUCUCAUCUCAGGGACAUUACACACAUUAUCUGAUAUAAUAACAGGUAUAAAUACAGGGAUCUAUGUGCAGGAAGAUACAGACAUAUUACUGGAUGUAGCCACAGCUAAUAAUAAUAUACAGAUAUCAGGUGACAGGAAAACUGCAUCCAGGUCACAUACUAACCAGAAUCACCCAGUAACACCAGAGAGAUUUCAGGAUUAUCAUCAGGUUUUAGGCAACAGAGGAUUCUCCUCAGGGCGACAUUACUGGGAGGUGGAUGUCAGUAAAUCAUAUAUCUGGAAAUUCACCAUGGGAGUCCCAGAGCCGACCUCUGGUGAGAAGAAACCUAUCAAGAGCACCAACUACAACCAAGCCUCAGGUGGAGGUGUCAGGCUGAGAGAGAACGAGGAGAGUGCCACAAAAUGCCACUCUGUGCCUACUUGUAGGGUCCAGUGGGGUCUUUGGGCAGCCUGCUCUCCUGCUGUGUAG